UCAACAACGGCAGGUUCCAGUAGAAGAAGAAGAAGAAGCAGCAGCAGCAGCGGCGCAGCAGCAGCACAGUCGGAAAAUGGGCUGUGGACAGAGUAAAAUACAUUUAUAUCCCAGAAAAUCGAAGAGUAAAGCAAAUGGCAAGAAAGGAGGACAUGCCGACUCGGACGCGGAGACGGACGAGGACGAAGGCCACAUUGAGGAUGCUGAGAAGGCACAGCAACGUGAGCGCGAGAAGCAUGACGAGAGCGAGGAACAAAGCAAUAAGGACAUACAGGACACCGAUGAAGAUGUCGCCGUCUCGCUGCUGCGUGCCAAGAAUCUUUCGCUGCUGCAGAGCCAAGAAAUCUCCUCAAGCCAACAGAACUUCUUUCGCAUGCUCGACAAGAAGAUUGACGAGGGCCCGGACUAUGAUUCGGCAAGCGAAACCGAAAUUGCCUUGGAGGAGGCACGACUGAAUGCGUUAGUGCAGCACUGGGAGUCCGCCAGCAUGACCGCAUCCAUCUGCUCCUCGGCCAGUCGCUCGCUGCAAACAACACCCAUACGCCAGGUGGUCCAAGCGCCGCUCAAGACCAGGAGCGGCCCAGGCAGCCAUCUACUAGCGCCCAGUACAGCCUGCGGCGCAGCGCUGCCCACAACAGAGUAUCUACCUCAGCACGUUAUUGCGGGGCGACAGCAGCAACAACAGCAACAGCAGCAGCAGCAACAGCAACAGCAACAAGCCACAAGUCUCUAUCAGCAGCAGCAGCAGCUUAUACUCACCCAGCUCGAUGCUAAUCUCGUCAAUACGUCCAAUGCCAAUGCUGCUGCGGCAGCGCAGCUAGCACAGCUGCAACAGCAGCAACAACAACAGCUGGUGCUCUAUCAGCAGCAGCAGCAGCAGCAACUACAGCAACAGCAGCUCCAGCAGCAGCAGCAACAACUCGCCGCAUAUGGCGGUCAACUGCUUACGCUGCCCGCCGGCGCCAAACCACAAAGUGUCAGUCCCAAGCGACUGAUCUACGGCGUAGCUGCGGCUCCUUCCGUCUCCCCUGCUCCCGUGCCCGUGCAGUACAUAGCCGCCAAUUCGCCUUUGAUGCAGGCCGGCGUAACGGGCUAUUUAAAUGGUGCCGGCGCCGUUUCUGGACGUGCUCCGCUGCAGCUGUCCUACUACGGCGCACCGAGCACCGCCAACCAAGUGGCGGCGACCUCGGCGUCGUCAACUCUAUCCAUUGCCUCCGAAACUUAUGAAACACAAACCGCUCCACACAGCCAAAGUCAGACGUCAGCACAACUGCCGACUCAGCCUACGGUCGCCUACUACGGCGAGGUCAUGCACGGCGUGCAGGCCGCGCCCGCAACGGAAUACAAGUUUCCGCCGGCCAUUAGCGUGCAGAGAUUGGCGCCUCAGGUGCAGCGGCAGUUGCGCGAGACGCAGGAACUCAUAAAAGACUCGUGCCCGCAGCUGUAUGCGGCGGGCUAUGGCAGCCCAGGACCACCGAUACGCAAUCCCAACAGAAAUCCAACUAGAACUAGACCCACCCUGGAGACGCAGUUCUCGCAGGAACUCUCGUGAUAUCUAUAAAUGUAAACAGCAAGCAAAAAGUAGCAAACACACACACACACACACACACAGAAUUAGUCAACUGCGCCAAAGAGAAAAACCAACACACUACAUAAAAUUAUUAAACAAAACAAAAAAUUAAGGAAAAACAAAAAAAAAUUGAAGAAAAAUUGACAAAAAAAAAAUUGUAAAAGUGCACUAAAUGUUUCAGCCCUUUCCUGGGUGAAAAACGCCCACAAACGACAACUUAUAAACUGCAACAAGAACAACAAAAACAACAACAACUACUAUUACUAAAUGAAAUUAUUAACUAUAACAAGAACAAAUUAACCAAGAGACAGUCUUAGAGCAAAGCAUUGAAUGAUUAGUAUGCGCCAGACAAAUAGUUUUAGGUACGCUUAUUAACAAAGCGCAAACAAUAACAAUCCCAUAAGCAAAUUACAAAAAACAAAUAUAAAUAAAU